CAUUUGGAAAAGUCUGUCCGUCCUCUGCGCACCGCCCGCUUUCCCUCACCAACUGUACUGGAGACAAAAAAAAAAGGAAGCCCCGCUGUAGAGACUCCGAACACCGGCCUUCUCUCCGACUCAUCCGUGUCCCCUUGUCUUUCCUAGAGGUGUCUUUAAGGGAUUAAUGAGACUCAAACGCACCAGACCUCUCCUUUAAGGCUCGUCUCUGUGCGUUUUUUCGUCUUUACGCCUGGACUGCCAUCGCACCUUCCCUUUCAUAUUCAUUUUCAUUCGUGGAUACCUGUACCUCUACUGAUGGAACAGGGUCACUCCAACGUUCUCCUGCAGCCUCCCAACACCACCUAACAUUUCCUGGAAGAACGUGUCCAUUGCCCGCUCCCAACAAACAUGGACUGUUUUCCCAUGCUUUAUUUUCUGUCGAGACAUCAUGAUUCCUGGUAAUCGAAUGCUGAUGGUCAUUUUAAUAUGCCAAGUCCUGCUGGGAGAAAGCAACCAUGCUAGUCUGAUACCUGAAGAAGGGAAAAAGAAAGUUCCGGGCCUACAGGGUCGUUCGGCCGCUCAGAGCCAUGAACUGCUGCGCGACUUUGAGGCCACGCUGCUGCACAUGUUCGGCCUCAAGAGGCGGCCGAGGCCCAGCCGAUCGGCCACCAUACCUCGCUACCUGCUGGACCUCUAUCGGCUGCAGUCAGGGGAGGCUGAGGAGGCCGGAGGGCAUGACAUUGCUUUCGAGUAUCCGGAGAGGUCGACGAGCCGAGCCAACACUGUGAGGGGCUUCCACCAUGAAGAGCACAUGGAGAGGGUACAUGAGCUGGACGAUGGAGAGACCACGCCCCUUCGCUUCCUGUUCAACCUCAGCAGCAUUCCAGAGGACGAGCUGCUCUCUUCUGCCGAACUGAGGCUGUACCGUCAGCAGAUAGAAGAGGCCGUCACCGACGACCCGGGCCUUCACCGGAUAAACGUGUACGAGGUACUGAAACCCCCGCGGCCCGGGCAGCAGCUCAUCACGCAGCUCCUGGAUACGCGGCUAGUGCGCCACAACACGUCCCGCUGGGAAAGCUUUGAUGUCAGCCCGGCCGUGCUGCGUUGGACACGCGAGCGCCUCCCCAACUACGGGCUGGCGGUGGAGGUUCUGCAGCUCAAUCAGGCGCCACGUCAUCAGGGCAAACACGUCCGCAUCAGUCGCUCGCUUCACCAGGACCCCAGCGAGGACUGGGAGCAGCUACGGCCCCUCCUGGUUACCUUUGGCCACGAUGGGAAGGGUCACCCUCUGACCCGCCGGACCAAGCGCAGCCCCAAGCAACGGGGCCGCAAGCGCAACCGCAACUGCCGGCGUCACGCGCUGUAUGUGGACUUCAGCGACGUAGGCUGGAAUGACUGGAUAGUGGCCCCCCCUGGUUACCAGGCCUAUUACUGCCACGGGGAAUGUCCUUUCCCUCUGGCCGAUCAUCUGAACUCUACCAACCACGCCAUUGUUCAGACACUGGUGAACUCUGUGAACAACAACAUUCCCAAGGCUUGCUGCGUGCCAACAGAGCUCAGCGCAAUCUCUAUGCUCUACCUAGAUGAACACGACAAGGUGGUCCUAAAAAACUACCAGGAAAUGGUAGUGGAGGGCUGCGGCUGCCGCUAACACAAAAAACUAACCUGGACUUGGACUGGUGACUUGGAAAAAAAAAAAAAAAAGAAAAAAAAAGAAGAAAAAAAUCUAACAAAAAAACAAGAAGCAACAUGGACGCUAAAACACAUCAGAAGG